AUGAAGUUCCAGAACACCGUUGCCGUCCUGGCGACAGCUGGCCUCGCCGCCGCCCAUGGCCAUGGUCAUGCUCACGCCCACAAGCGCGCUACUGAGACUGAGACCGUUUCAGUUCCCGGCCCAGUUGUGUAUGAUUUCGUUGUAAUGGACCCGUCUAAGGCCGAUGGUCCCCAGGCCAUCACCAUCGAGGAAGCCUGCGAGGGUCUCGCAAGCCAUCAGCUUGAGUGGCUGGACGCCGCCGUUGCCGCUGCUUGCCCAUCUAGCAGCAGCAGCAGCAGCAGCACGACCACUGUCAAACCUACCUCGAGUUCCACGACCACGUCCGUCCCAACAUCGACCGCUACCGUUGCCCCUGCCAUCCUCCAAGAGACCUCAGCUAUUAUCAUCCCAGCCAGCUCGACAAGCACAGUCGUGCCCAGCUCUAGCACCACCACCACAGCUGCCGCUCCUACCAAGACCGCUUCUUCAAGCUCCAGCGGCUCCGGUGCCACCGGCCUCACUGCCGACUUCCCUGAUGGUGAGAUCGACUGUGGUGACUUCCCUUCGCAAUACGGUGCUCUCCCUCUUGAUUACCUUGGUCUUGGUGGUUACUCCGGUAUCCAGUACGUCACUAUAUUCGAUGAUCUGGUCAGUGAUAUUGUGACCGCUGUUACUGGCGAUGAGUGCCACCACGGUGCCAUGUGCUCGUACGCUUGCCCACCUGGAUACCAAAAGUCCCAGUGGCCCACCACCCAGGGUGCUACCGGCCAGUCCGUCGGUGGUCUCCAAUGCAAGCUUGACAACAAGCUCUACCUCACCAACAAGAACUACAAGCAGCUUUGCAUUCCUGGCGUUGGCGGUGUCCACGUCAAGAAUCAGAUGUCACACGACGUUGCCGUUUGCCGUACUGAUUACCCCGGUACCGAGUCUGAGACCGUUCCUCUAGCCGCCACUCCCGGUGCUAUUCACGAUCUGACUUGCCCCGAUGGUGACAACUACUUCUUCUGGGAGGGUAAGGUCACCUCCGCCCAGUACUACGUUAACCCCAAGGGCGUGUCCACUGAGAAGGGUUGCCAGUGGGGUGAUGGCAGCGAGCCCAUCGGUAACUGGGCUCCCAUCAACCUUGGUGUCGGUUAUACCAAGUCUGGAAAGUUCCUGUCUAUCUUCCCUAACACCCCGACCACCAACGAGCUUCUCGACUUCAAUGUUAAGCUUGAGGGUGACAACCUCAGCGAUGAGUGCCGUUACGAGAAUGGCAAGUUCUACGACUCUAAAGGUCCCAUCAGCGGCAACAGCGGUUGCACGGUUGGUGUCACUUCCGGCAAGGCCUACUACGUCUUCUACGACUAA